UGCCCGAGACUCACGCGAGGCACAUGGUCCGUGCACCUGCCCCUCCUUUUCAAGCCACAGCGCCGUCCGGUCGGGUGGGGCACCGCUGCAAUGUUUAGGCAAGCCUGACGUCCCUUUCUUUGAGUUGGAGGGGGGACUCGCCAAACCAUCGUCGCCAGAAAUCUCGACUUGCGCCAGGCCAUCCCACCUUCCUCCCAAGCUCACGGCUGCUUUUUCCGGCUGCGCUCAGUCAUUCAGGCGACAGAAACUCCACAUCGCGCCAGCACCUCCUUCCCCGUGCGAUUUCUCGAGCUUUGUCUUUCCGGCAGCCAGUGGAGGAGAUAAGGCAGGAGGGAGGGGCACAUCAGUCGUGCGGCAACCGCAUUUUGCAUGCACCUACCUUGCCUCCCAGAGCUUGGCGGUAUUCACAACCAACAUUCCACUGUUCUUUCACAACACGACAUCCAUCGCCAUGGCGUCGAAUACGCCCCAGGAGGGUUUUGAGGUCCAAACCGUGCUGGCAGCCAUGCUGACCAUGCGGAGCGGAGAGAAUGAGAAGAAAAAGGUUGCGGUCGAGUACUUGGGAAGGUUCCAGAAAUCGAAGGAUGCUUGGACGACUACGAUAUCCAUUCUCAAGAAUUCGACAGAGGCGGAAGCACAGCUCUUCGCCGCGACGACCCUGAAGGGCAAGAUCACAUACGACCUCGGGGCCCAGAUCUCAGAGGCCGACCUACCGGCGCUGCGCGGUGAGAUUUUGCUGCUUCUCAAGAAGUAUGCACCGGGCCCCAAGCCCGUCCGAGUCCAGCUGUGUGUUUGCCUGGCGAUUCUGGCCAUCCAGAUGCAGACAUGGAAGGACGUGCUGCCUACCGUUGUCUCGACCCUCGGGAACGAUGUGGAGAGCCACGCCUGCAUCCUCGACUUCCUGCGCGUGCUCCCCGAAGAGGUCACGGAGGGCCGAAAGAUCACCUUGUCUGAAGAAGACCUCGCCCAGAGGACAUCAGAGCUGUUGGCGGACAAUGCCGAGCAGGUGGUGCAGUUGCUCGUCAACUAUGCGCAGUCUUCGCCCGCCGCGGCGACAAAUUCCCAGCUGUUCGACUGCAUCAGCUCGUGGCUCCGGGAGGUGCCCGUUAGCGUCAUCGUUAACUCGCCCCUGAUGAACGCCGUCCUGCACGGAGUGACCGAUGACAAAUCCCUAUUGGCUGCGGCCGACUGUCUGGGCAUCAUUUGCAGGGAGACCAAGGAUGUCGACGACAACUUGGAGACAAUCCAAGCCCUGCUCCCCAAGGUGCUUCAACUGCGCCCCCGCAUCCAGGCCCUGGUGGACGAGGAGGACACCGAGGGUUUCAAGGCAAUCACCAAGGUGUUUGCCGAUGCCGGCGAAUCGUGGGUAUUGAUCAUCGCUCGCCAGCCUCAGGCUUUCCGGCCCCUCGUCGAGUCUCUGCUCGAGUGCUGCGCUAGGGACAAGGAGCGGGAGGUCAUAGGAUACACCUUCUCGUUCUGGUACGAGUUGAAGCAGUACCUGACGUUAGAUCACUACAUAGAAGCCCGGGUGCAGCUUCUCGACGUCUACGCACAGCUUGUGGACAUCAUGCUCAAGCAGCUCGAGUAUCCCCACUCUGACAACCCGAACGAAAUCGACUUAUUCGACGGCGACAGAGAGCAGGAGGAAAAGUUCCGCGAAUUUCGGCACCACAUGGGCGACACACUCAAGGAUAGCUGCGAAGUGAUGGGUGUCGCGGCCUGCCUCACCAAGGUACACGACGCCAUCAAGCUGUGGCAGGAAAAGUAUGGCAGUCAAGCGACACAGACGGCGGUACCCCACUGGCAGUCCCUCGAGGCUCCCCUCUUUGCAAUGCGGGCGAUGGGCCGGAUGGUGGAAUCAACCGACAGCAGCGUUCUACCCCAGAUUUUCCCACUUUUGGUCCAGAUUCCCAUCAGCAACGAAAAGCUGCGGUUCGCUGCCAUCAUGGUCUUUGGCCGUUACACCGAGUGGACUGCCGCACACCCCGAGUUCCUCGAGUCCCAGUUCUCGUACAUUGUCGCGAGCUUCCAAACCGACUCGCAGGAAAUUCUCCGCGCUGCAGCUCAAGCUUUCAUGUACUUCUGCGUCGACUGCAAGCAGCUCCUGAGCCCACAGGUUAUUCAGCUACAGUCAUUCUACGAUCAAAUCCUCGACAAGCUCCCCGUCUCAAGCAAGGAGGAGGUCACGGAAGGGGUCGCUUACGUCCUUAGUGUCCAGAAGACGGAGGACUUGUACAAGCUCCUCAAGCUCUACUGCGACCCCCUGGUACAGCGGCUGAUGACCAAGGCUAACUCGGCCACCGAAAACAAGUCGAAGCUUGACCUUGCCGACCAUGUCAACCUCGUCACAUUUUUCGUCCAGCACGUUGUACCCUACAUCCCCAGCAACGAGGAGAACCCUGCGGUUAAGUACUGGCAGGAAGUGUUCCCCAUUCUGUCCACCAUCCUCGACAAUUUCAGCGACUUUGUCCCCAUCUGCGAGCGGGUCUGUCGCUCCUGGCGGUUCAUGGUCAUCUCAUAUCGGACGGCCAUCAAACCCCUACUACCUUUCCUUGCCAACAAGCUGGCAACAGGGUUUGCCCAGUCCAAGCAGGGCUGCUUCCUCUGGGCCACCAGCGCCAUCCUGCGCGAGUUUUCCGAGGAGAGAGAGCACGUGGAAGAUGGCAUUACCGAGGACAUUUACAUGUUCUUCGAGGCGCAGGCAACAAGCGUGCUCCGCAUCAUGAGCGCCCUGCCGGCGGUCGACCUUCCCGACGUCAUCGAAGACUUCUACCGCCUUCUUAUCGAUGCCCUCCUCUACUACCCCGCUAAGCUCAUCCCUUCACCUCUAUUCACGCCCAUUUUCCAAGCCGCCAUAUCGUCCCUGGCCUUGGAGAAGCAGGAGCCAGUCUCAGCAGCGCUCCACUACAUCCGAGAUCUGCUCACCUACGGUGGCACGAAUCCCGCGGCGUCCGGCAGUGACCUCGGGCCAGCCGGUCAGCAGCUGCGCCAGAUUGUCAAGCAGCUCCUCCUCACGCAAGGUGAGGCUCUCGUCAAGCAGACGCUCGCCGGCAUGAUGAUCACGUUCCCCCGCGACUGCUUUGCCGACGGCAGCGGCGUGCUCCUCGGUAUGUUUGAGCUGCUCCCCGUCGAGACGGGCCAGUGGGUCGACCGCACAGUGCGCAUGCUACCGCAGGGCACCAUUACGCCCGCCGAGGCCGACCGACUGCUCGUCAAGAUCAAGGAGAAACUGCAGGGAUCCGAGCCGUCCAAUGUCCGGCAGAUCCGCGUGCUUCUACAGGACUUUACGAACACGUACCGCCGGCGUUAUGUCGCGCCCCGCGACGGACUGGGCGAGCUUGAGGCUGCGCGCUUUCACUUUGCGGGCUAGGAGCCUUGGCUGUGGGGUCGGCGCUGUGGGUUUCUGAAUUGA